AUGCAGACGAGCUAUUUCCGCGACGAGGACAGAAACGAGUGCCUGCUGCGACCACCGUCGCUGCAGCGCCCGGCUACGGCGACGCUGCUGCUGGCCAAGCUGCGCAGCGCGCUCGACGAGGAGCGCCGCCUGCGCGGCGUCGCCGUCGCCGAGUUCCGCCAGCGCUGCGACGCGCUCGACCAGUGGAACAAGAAGCUAGUCCAGGUGCUCGCCGCCUUCAAGUUGUUUAUAUACGUGGAGGCGGCGAAGGCGGCGCUGGGCGCCCUGGGCGAGCAGCUGGAGGCGGAGCGCGCGCAGCGGCUGCGCUCGGAGGGCGAGUACGACGAGCAGCUGGCCAGGCUCAGCGGCGCCGUGGCCACCGCCAGGGACCUGCACAGCGCGCUGGAGGAGCGCUACACGGAGCUGGUGUCGUCGUGCGAGCGCCUGACGCUGGAAGUGGAGGAGCUGGCCCGCUCCCAGCUGCUGGAGGGCGACGCCUGGAGGGCCGAGGUGCGGGGAGAGCGACGCCUCGGCGCAGAGAGGGCAGACGCCCUGCGACAGGAACUGCAGGCGCUGAAAAAACGUAUGGAAGAGGAGAACGUGGCGUUGAGCGGCGUCUGGGGCGACCAAGAGGCGCGGCUGGAGAGACUGGAGAACAGGGUGGCCUCACUGGCCUCCAGGCUGGCCGACAUGGACCAGCAGCUAGUCCAGCAGCAGGACCUCAGGCACGCAGUCCAGGUGCCAGGUCGCCUCCUAUGGAAAAUAACGGACUUCGACCAGAAAAUGGCAGACGCCAAGGAGCAUGAUACCGUUCUUCAUAGCCCUAUAUUUUUCAGCCAACAGUUCGGACACAAGUUAAGGUUGGAAGUUCACCUAAAUGGAGUGGGCCACUGGAAGGGCCGCAACAUGAUCGUGGGCUUGCAAGUGCUGCCGGGGGACUGGGACGCCCUGCUGCCGCAGCCAUUCAAUCGCAAAGUGUCCGUCACCCUGAGGGACCAAGCCCCCAACUCGGAGCAGGCAAACAACCUGAUGAAAAUUUUGAAGGCUGGAACAACCAAAGAAGAUCCUGCUGGCUACCACCAGUUCUUCCCUCACAAGACGAUGCAGCAGUUCAGUUACAUCAAAGACAACGCUAUAUACCUAGAAGUCACUGUAGAGUAACAUAUCCAAGUGCACUUCCAUGUGAACCGAGUGCAUUGGUGGAAUCGCUUGUUUUUAAAUGGAUAAUUUAACUUUACAGAUUUCUCUGUUUGACCGCGUAAUGUGAAUGUUUUGUUAUUGUAACGUAUAUAAAACAAUCGUUCUGGUUGUUUUCAAUUGAUGCGUCAGCAGCAGCGGAGAAGUCUAAGGUCAUGUGAGACACAUUUUAUAUAGCAAGCACUGGUAGUUCUUUAUGAUUCUAAUGUUUAUAAUGAAAAAGAAUCAUGAAUGAUCUGAAUUUUAUUUAAUUGUAUUGAAAGAUCAGUUACUACAAAAUGAAACCACCGGAUACCUCCAUCUACAGGUGGUGUCCUGCAGUAGACUAGAUUAAUUACGGAAUGAUGAUGCCGAAACAUGACUGCAGAUUCGUAUGGUUCAGAAUAUCCAUGUGUUGAAAAAGUCAUCUAACGGAAGCCGUUUUUAUUUCAUUUCCUCUUAACAAUAGACCAGUUGUAGUGAUUCCUCGCCCAGGAUUAAUUUUAUGGAACAACGUUAAUCCCGCCAUCUUUUUAAUAUAUGCACAGCAAACAGCUAGCAACACUGACUUUCUUGCAUCCCAUUCCUCCAUUCUGUCUACUUUUUUAAUGUUGUCGAAGUUGGAGUACGUGACACAAUAAGAUAGUUGAUUACACUACAGGAAUUCUCAACUCAAGACUUUUGCUUUUGCACCUGAGGCUAACGCUUCCUCGUUCUGUGUGCGAUGCUAUAUUUUCAGUGACAUCACUGUUCGCUUUUCGAAUCACGUCCAUCGCGAACAUCAAGAAAGGGAUACAAUAUUUAUUAGUAUCCAAGAGAAAUUCUCCAGCCGGGGAAUCAAGUAGUUUCACUUUAUGAAAUCGACAGAUUGCACUUAUCUCUUUAUUAGUAGUAGCCGAUCACGAACCACGUAUGAUUUCCAUCUUUUUAGUCUGUCUUCAGCAGGCAUUCAGGUAUGUGUUUUAUUCUGCCGAAAAUUUUCUUUACAGGUGCAUGUAGCCAUAUGUUUGUUCCAACAAGGAACUUUCUCAUAUCCUAGGAUCAAACUUUCGCUGCUCUCUAGGAAACCAAUGCUCUUCGUGUUCAUCCUAAACGAGUGGUCUCUCUUAUGGAUUUGUCUCCGUAACUUCACUGCGGGCCCUUGAGUACCCACCCACAACAUCCACGUUGUUUAGUGGCUUCUGCGUAAAGGCACCCAUAUGACUACCGAGUAAGGCAACAGACACGUAUUAGACCGCAUCAACAUAAAGAUACUGAACAGUUCAACAUUGUUCCUCAAAUGAUGAUGUAAUUUCUUUCUAUGCAACGAAAAAGAUUAUUAUGCUAGAAGGGGUCAGGGAUUUUCUCUGCCUCGUGAUGGCUGGGUGUUGUGUGCUGUCCUUAGGUUAGUUAGGUUUAAGUAGUUCUAAGUUCUAGGGGACUUAUGACCACAGCAGUUGAGUCCCAUAGUGCUCAGAGCCAUUUGAGCCAAUUAUGCUAGAAGAAUAUUAAUCACGGAACGCAUCUUAUAAUCUUGACUAAACUACUUUAGAUUUCGU